GUCGGCGACCACCAUGAGGACCGCGGUGCUGUUUGUUCUUGCCUUGGCGCUGGGCCUGGCAGCCGGAGCUGCCGUAGGAAGGAACAAGAGGAGGGCUGACGUGGAUGCCCGUCUCCGAGCUGUUCUCAAAGUGAACAAGGUAGCUCACAACCCAUCUGAAGUCGUACGGACAAAGAGAGCUAUCAACGGCCUAGCGAAUCUUGAAGAGAGGAAACCGUCAGAGCAGCUACAUCGACGGAAGAGAUGGGGACUCCUGAAGAAGUUAAGCAAGGGUAUAAAGAAGGCUGCCCGAAAGGUCGGCGCCGGUGUAAAGCACGUCGCCAGAAAGGUCGGCUCUGUGGCCAAGAGCGCUCAUUCCAAAGUCGUCAGUUUCUUCAGAAGCUCCAACAAGAUCCACAAGAUCGGGUCAGGAGUCAGGAGCGUCGUCAGCGGAGCCAAGUCAUUUGUUAGAAAAGUUGGUUCAAAGGUCAAGAGCACUGGACACAACGUCGGGUCUUUAGCGAGGAAGGUGGUGUCUAAGGUGAAGAGCGCGGGGAGAGGCGUCCACGGUAUCGGAAAGAAGAUCAAGUCUAAAGCUCACAGUGUCCUGAAAGCCGGCAGUGUCAGGACAGGUAUCAAGAAGCUGGUUCACGGAGCCGGAUCAGUUGUUAAGAAAGUAGUGUCCACUAAACUAGGCGAGGUCCGGGGAGCAGUCUCCAUUGUCCGCAAAGCUCUGUCCAAGACGCACAGUGUGGCUAAAAACGUGGGCGCUGUGGCCGUGAAGGGUGCAUCGAAGGUCAUCAGUCUCCUGAAACACAGUCACGGGAAAUCUCGUAAGAAGUCUCAUGGAAAAUCUCGUGGGAAAUCUCGUAAGAAGUCUCAUGGAAAAUCUCGUGGGAAAUCUCAUAAGAAGUCUCGCGGCAAGUCUCCUAAGACAGCAACGAUAACUAACGGUGGUGUGGGAUUGGUCAUCCCAGGUGCUGAGGUUGGAGGAAGUUUGACUGUACCAACAGGUACCGUCGGAGCUGAGGGAAGUCUGGACCUGCCAACAGGCAACAUCGGAGCUGAAGGAAGUCUGGACCUUCCUACAGGCAACAUAGGAGCUGAGGGAAGUCUGGACGUUCCUACAGGCAACAUCGGAGCUGAGGGAAGUCUGGACCUUCCAACAGGCAACAUCGGAGCUGAGGGAAGUCUGGACCUGCCAACAGGCAACAUCGGAGCUGAGGGAAGUCUGGACCUUCCUACAGGCAACAUCGGAGCUGAGGGAAGUCUGGACCUUCCUACAGGCAACAUCGGAGCUGAGGGAAGUCUGGACCUUCCUACAGGCAACAUAGGAGCUGAGGGAAGUCUGGACCUUCCUACAGGCAACAUCGGAGCUGAGGGAAGUCUGGACCUUCCUACAGGCAACAUCGGAGCUGAAGGAACUGUUGCUGUGCAAGAAGUACCCCAAACACCAGAAGUCACAGCAGAGGAAGAUUUCUGCCGAUGCAAGGUGAAUGGUGACCCCCACUUCCGAACAUUCGACGGUCAGAUGAUCAACUUCAUGGGAGAAUGCAUGUACACGCUGUCCAAGUCGAUAGACCAGACUGACCCUUGCGCUUUCAACGUCGAAAUUAAGAAUGAGGUCAGAGAUGGUAAAACAAUGGUUUCAUGGGCGAGACUGAUCGACUUCAGCAUCUAUGGCCUUACCGUCAGAUUAGCUCUCAGGAGGAAGGUUUAUGUUAACGGCCUCCGAAAGUACCCGCCAUUCAUGGGUGCAAACGGCAAGCUAUCAGUCACCAUCAACGGCCAGUUUGUUCAAGUCACCACGAUGUGCGGGAUAGAGGUCGCUUUUGACGGCCUUCAUCUUGUGAAGGUAAAGGUCCCGAAGAGAUACGCAACGAGCAUGACCGGUCUCUGCGGAGACUGUAACGGAGUGGAGGAUGACUUCCGGUUGAGUAAUGGUACUGACGUCAGCACGCUCGACACCAAGUUCUCCCAGAUCGGCAACAGCUACCUGGUGUUCGACAACUCCGACAAGCCCGACAACACGGACAACUGCCGCGUGGUGGAACCGGACAUUAACUGCGGUGCUCAGGUCAUUAACCAGCUGGACGGCCCGGACAAGUGUGGGAUGAUCAAGGACAGGAGUGGUCCUUUCGCGGCGUGCAUCAACGCCCUCAGCAGGGAAGUCAAGGAAUACUACGAGGCCUGUACAUUCGACGCCUGUCUACACAAGGACGAUGAGGGCGAGAUGCAAGGUGCCCUCUGUAAGAGUCUCGAGGCAUUCGCUUCCGAGUGUGAGGAGAAUGGUUUCAACGUCAAAUGGAGAUCGGCCAAUAUAUGCCCUAUGGACUGCUGGUCCAACAGCUUCUAUAAUCCGGAAAUGAGUGGAUGUCGCCCACAAUGUGGAGCCUCGCUUUCGCCUACACUAUGUGACCUUGACCCAAGGGAAGGUUGUGAAUGUUCAGCUGGCUACAUACUGAGUGGAGAGGAGUGCGUCAAGCAGGACGACUGUGGCUGUGUCGAAUCCGGAGACUACUUCCCUAUUGGUACCAAGUUGUCUGCCAACGACUGCAGCACGGUGAGGGAGUGCAAGAAGAUCGACGGUGUUCCAGUUUUUGCCGAGGUGGUGGUAGGACAGAAGUGUUCAGCUAACGCCAUGUGUGGUCUGUUUGAAGGGGAGAGGAAGUGCGCAUGCUUCGAUGGCUUCAGCGGCGAUGGCGUCACUUCCUGUGUUUCACUGCAGUUCCCCGAGGUACCCCCAGAACUGAAGCCGGCAGAGGUUGAUCCCCCCAGAGGUUGAUGUGGAAGAAGAAAUCAUCCCUGAAAAUGUCGUGGAGCUUGUCCCAGAAGAGCCAUCAGAACCGGAAGUGCCAAUAGUACCAUCAGAGCCAGCAGAGCCAGCAGA